AUGGAAGGCAUAAUCUCUCACCACUUGCUCAGAUCGCUGCGCAGUAGCGUUUUUGUUGUUCCCAUUAUUCCGUCAGCGAAAAAACACUCACUUUCAGAAGAAGCCAGUUCCGGUGUUGAACCGACCGAACUUUAUAAGGAUUUAAAGAAACGGAUAGAAGAGUUCAAAAUACAGCUUGUUAAAAACAAAAGACAUACUUUUCUUUCACGUUCUGCCAAACAGUCAUUGGUGAAACUAGAGAGGGCUGUAAUAGAAAUGAAGCAUACUGUAAAAAGUGUAGAUGGAGAGCAGCUGACUUCUUCAGUCCCGUCAUCCGUUACAUUAGAGGCAACCGUUUGGGACAACUUUGGCGGUCUGAACUCUUUUUUAAUGUCUACGGAGGGCAAGGGUGAAGCAGUACGGAUUCAUAGCCCUGUAGGUAUUCGGCAGUACUUCGACUGUGUCAGGCCGUUUGCUAGCAAUGACAUAGGUUUUGUAAAAUAUCCAGUUCAGGUAGAGGAGAGGUCUUUGGAAGACGUUUGUUAUAGCGAUCCCGCGAUGAAGGUCCAUUAUUUGCCUUUAAUGCCCUCUUCUACAAACUCGCCACCUCCAGCUGGUAACUCUCCUCCACGGCACAGCUCACUGAGACCAGUACUGAGAACGGACAUUGCUUUUCUCGUGCAGCUCACGAAGCCUCCUCGGCGGAUUGACGUUGCAAGACUUGUAAAGUUAGGAAUACCUAAUGGGCCUCAUAUUGCGAAACUUAAGAAUGGCCAUGAGGUUAAUUUGGAUGGACGUCUGAUCAAGCCGGAUGAUGUUUUGUUUCCUGAAGAAAGUGGGGAGGAACCAAGUAUUUUAAUCCUUGAAUGCUCCAGCACGGCAUAUAUGUCUUCACUGCGUGAAUGCUCGUUACUACAGGAUUUUAUCAGUAAAACAAAAACUUUAACUUACUGUGUUCAUUUUACGCGCAAAGAAGUGCUUCAAACGGCAGAAUAUUCUGAGUGGAUGUCGUCUUUAGGAGAAAGCUGUAAGCAUAUUAUUCUCAAUGGGACGGGCCCGGCGUUACCUCAUUUGGAAGGAGCACACAAACAGCAGGGUUUGUUGAGGAGUAUAGCACCGUUCUUCUUCCACGCUUUGAAACCGGAGUUCGAAGGCCUUAUUACACAGGACGAUGAAUGUGAACGUCAAGGCAAUUCAUAUUUUGCUCGUCCUUUUCAACGGUUCAUUUUACGUGGGAAUUCGCAUUCCAGCAAUGGAAUAUUCAAUAACCUCAUUAAUGUUUCUUAUAAAGAUUGUGAUAUGACGGAGGAGGCUACCUCUGAGAUUGAGAAGUUUAGAAAAGCCUCGGAGGGGAUUGAUGAAAAUGAGGAUGCACCAGCAGUGUUAUUUCUCGGCACUUCCUCAGCCACGUCGUCUAAGUAUCGAAAUGUUAGCGGGCAUUUGUUGAAAGCCAGUGAAGAUUCUUAUAUUUUAGUUGAUUGUGGUGAAGGGACUUACGGUAAUUUUCAAAAUUUCAGGCGUAUUAUCAACGGCCAAAUGCGUGUUUAUUUUGGCGAUGAUAAGUGUGCCGAAAUGCUUCUGAAUCUACAUGCCGCUUUCCUUACUCAUUCGCAUACGGACCACGUAAUGGGACUUUAUAGCGUCUUACUUAAAAGAAAGGCCGCAUUCGUUGCUAAAGGGUUACCGUUCAGACCACUUUUGGUAGUAUGCUGUCCCAGUGUUAUGAAAGCGCUCAAUGUGUACUCAUAUGCCUUCUCAGACUUGUCACCGCUAGUUGUGUUUCUUAAUCCAUUUAAAGCAACGAUUGCUGCGAACAGACAGAAGUUAAGGCAGCCGCAGCUCCAGAGUAUCAUUAAUAUGAAUAUGACGGUGGAUUUAAUCCCUUUGCUUCCAAGGCCUCUUUUUGACGAAAAGAAAUGGGGAGUUCAAGGGAUAAGUGCCGUUCAGCGCCUUCAGGUUCACCAUACUCGAAUGGCUCGUGGUUACAUAUUUGAGCUUGCUAGCGGUCAUAAAGUGGUUUUUUCUGGUGAUACGAAACCGUGUCAAUUACUGGCAGAGAAGGGUAUCAAUGCAGAUUUGCUUGUUCACGAAGCAACAUUUGAGGAUGGCCUUGAAAAGGAUGCUUUGUCGAAGAAACAUAGCACUAUGCGACAAGCGGUGGACAUUGGUCGCCAGAUGAGAGCAAAACACAUCAUAUUAAACCAUUUCAGUUGUCGAUAUGCAAAGGUUCCUUCGCUUCCUGGAUAUUUAGAUGAGUUUGGCAACAUUGCAGUUGCAGUGGACAACCUUUUUGUAAGUUUCAAGAACCUCAGUAUGUUACCAAAACUGAUUCCGGUUUAUCGAGAAUUAUUCAAGGACGAACUUUUUGAAAUAGGAGUGAAAUUAGAUCAACAACUUUUAAAGGAACGUCAACAAGCAGAAGAGUUGAAAACGAAAAACUUGCAAGUUCUUAAUUCAGAAGGCCGUAGUUCAAGCAAUGUGACAGGUUGUAAGAGGAAAGCUUCCUCUGAGUUGCAGUUGUGA